GCAUUGCUUUUUGAAUUCGGAUUGAGGGAGUUGACAGAUUUAUCCACGCGCAAAUAUACAUAUUUACUUUUUAGAGACGGCAAUAACCUACAGAUAGUUAAGUGUCAAUUUAGUUAGACAGCCGCUAGCUAGCUAGCUGAACUGGUCGACUAGCCAGUUUAUCACUCACCUGCGAUUAUUUGUUGUUAAUUCCGAAGGUUUAUACAGGAUUGUGCCACCACCCGUGUCACACUUCCAUGGCUGACAGCAGCAUAGUUACUUUGGGGAUGGCUCGGAGCCUGCUGGUGGACUCCUCUGUGUAUGACUCCAGGAUGGCUGAGACUACUAAGGAUGUAUUCCUGGGUUUGGGCUCUGAAGACAUGGAAGAGAUGCUACCUCGGGUCGAAACCAGAGUUGUUCUUGUAGGAGAAGCUGGAAGAAAUGGAGCACUUGUCAAAGCACUGCAGGCCGUCAGAAUAAUGGAAGUCCCAGUGGUUAAGAUUAGAGGAGGAGAACCGGGUGCUGAGACUGGAGAGAAAUUGAUAAAAUCUAUAGUCAAUAUGGAUAUCAACGUGCCUUGCAUAAAGACCGACAAUGUCAAAGAGUUUGGAGAUGGAGAAAACACAGAGUUUGAGACGGUGUUUGUGCUCAAAGACUUUGCCUCUCCUGACUACAUCUAUCUUUACAAACAUGACAACCGGAUCGUGGGCCCCCCGGUUGUUCUCCACUGUGCGAGACGAGAGGAGCCCCUGCCGUUUUCCUCUCGUCCUCUAUACUCUACCACCAUGUUCAACUUGUCGCUGUGUUUCACCGGUUUCCGCAACAAAGAGGAAGUUAAAAACCUGGUGAAUCUGGUGCAUCACAUGGGAGGCACCAUUCGGAAGGACUUCAGCACGAAAGUCACCCAUCUCAUUGCAUACUCCACUCAUGGCGAGAAAUACAAGCUUGCUGUGUGUAUGGGAACACCCAUCCUCACCCCAACUUGGAUCCAUAAGGCCUGGGAGCAUAGAGAGGAUGUUAGUUUCCAUGCUGGAGAUGAAGAUUUCCGCACCGAAUUCAAAGUUCCCCCCUUUCAAGACUGUGUGCUGAGCUUCCUGGGCUUCUCAGAUGAAGAGAAGACCAACAUGGAGGAAAGGACAAUCAAACAUGGUGGCAGCCACCUGGAGGUUGGUGAUCAGAAGUGCACUCACAUGGUGGUGGAGGAAAACGCUGUCAAGGAGCUGCCAUUCGUACCAUCAAAGAGACUGUAUGUUGUCAAGCAGGAGUGGUUCUGGGGAACGAUACAGAUGGAUGCCCGAGCAGGAGAGUCCAUGUACUUCUAUCAGAAGAUGGACAGUCCUGUGCUGAAGAAGGCUGUGUCCCUGCUGUCCCUCAACACACCCAACAGUAACCGGAAGAGGAGGCGUCUGCGGGAAACCCUGGCCCAGCUCACCAAGGAGACUGAGAUCUCCCCCUUCCCUCCACCCCGCAAGAGGCCUUCUGCCGAACACUCCAUGUCCAUGGGCUCUCUGCUGGACAUCUCCAACACCCCCGAGACCUGCAAGGCCUUGGCAGAACAUUCCCGGCCCUUGAAGAGCUCUACACCUGCUGUCCUGAAGCAGUCGGCUAGAUGGCAGGUCUCCAAGGAGUUGUACCAGACAGAGAGCAACUAUGUGGAUAUUCUCACCACAGUCUUGCAGCUGUUCAAAGUACCCCUGGAAAAAGAAGGCCAAGUUGGUGGACCCAUUUUGGCUCCGGAAGAAAUCAAGACCAUCUUUGGCAGCAUCCCAGAGAUCUUCGACGUACACACCAGGAUAAAGGCCGAUCUGGAGGAGCUGGUCAUGGACUGGUCUGAGGACAAGAGUGUCGGGGACAUCAUUCUCAAAUACUCUAAAGACCUGGUGAAGGCUUACCCGCCAUUCGUCAACUUCUUUGAGAUGAGCAAGGAGACCAUAGUGAGGUGUGAGAAGCAGAAGCCGAGGUUCCAUGCUUUCCUCAAGAUCAAUCAGGCGAAGCCCGAGUGUGGACGACAGACACUGGUGGAGCUGCUGAUUCGCCCUGUGCAGAGACUGCCUAGCGUCGCCCUUCUCCUCAACGAUAUUAAGAAACACACUGCCUGUAACAACCCUGACAAAAUCACUUUGGAGAAGGCAAUCGAAUCACUCAAGGAAGUUAUGACUCACAUAAACGAGGACAAGAGGAAAAUAGAGGGACAGAAGCAGAUCUUUGAUGUCGUCUAUGAAGUUGACGGCUGCCCUGCCAACCUGCUCUCGUCCCACCGCAGCCUGGUCCACAGGGUGGAGACCAUCGCCCUGGGAGACAAACCCUGUGACCGAGGCGAGCACGUCACACUCUUUCUCUUCAAUGACUGUCUUGAGAUUGCCCGGAAGAGACAUAAGGUGAUCAGCACAUUCAGGAGUCCUCUGGGCCAGACGCGACCUGCAGCCCAACUCAAACACAUCACCCUCAUGCCUCUGUCCCAGAUCAGGAGGGUCCUGGAUCUGCAGGAUACAGAGGAUUGCCGUAAUGCCUUUGCCCUGGUGGUGCACCCGCCCACGGAACAAGAGAAUCUUCUCUUCAGCUUCCAGCUGACCACUGAGGAUACGGUGAAGUCAACCUGGCUGAAGAUGCUCUGUCGCCACGUAGCCAACACCAUCUGUAAGGCUGACGCGGAAGAUCUAAUUCAGUGCACUGAGCCUGACUCUGUCCAAGUGAGCACAAAGGAUAUGGACAGCACGCUGAGUAAAGCCUCUAGAGUCAUCAAGAAAACUUCAAAGAAGGUAACGAGAGCAUUUUCCUUCACCAAAACACCCAAACGGGUAAUCCAGAGAGCCUUCAUGGCCAACAGCACCUCCGAUGACAAGAGCCCUGGCCCCAGCUCAGAGAACAUAUCCAUGUUGGAAGGCAGUGCCACCCUGUCAGCGAUGCACUCUCCCUCCAUGGUCAACCUGCCGUCCAUGUUUGAGAGGAAGUACCACACGUUCAGUCGCUCCACAUCCCACCUGUUCUGAUUGACUCUUAGAGGAGAGAAACACGGCAAGCUGUUCUGAACGGUGCACCACUCACUAAUUCAAUUAGCUCACCUCUCGGCAAUGUUACUGCAGAUUGGCACAUCCUGUAAUUGUUUAAUGACCGCAAGUUCAUUCAGAUAAUGUCUGACUUGGAAAAUGAAAGCUGGAUACUCUUGUAUUUAGUGUUUACUUACAAUGUUACAAGUUGAGCUCAUGUCUUAGACAGUUGGGAACAUUUGAUUAACAUGUAUAGGUACGAUAUUUACUGACAUAUUUUCUGUAUUUUUGUCGUGGAGGGAUAUUAUUCAAUGAAUGAUAAGCCAAUAAAUGUGUUACUUAGUUUUUUGGGGAACACGCCUGUUGGCUUCACUUACUAUAGUUUCCAGCUUUUAUAAAGCUCUUGAAAUGUUUAAACUUUUUGAUGAUAUAAAUGAUCAGGAUUAGGGGAACAGAAGCUGCUGUUUGCUGUUUUGUAAGUGAUUGUUUUAUGUUGUAAAGUGGGUUGUAAAGUGGGUAUGUUUUUCAGGAGGGUCUAAGGGGAUGAUGUUGCAUUACACUACAUUUAUUUUCCAGAAUCAUUUUAUAAAUAGUCUAUAUACAAAUCCUCUUGCUAUUUAUGUGUACAUUUGCCUCCCUUUUGUCUGUCAUUAUCUAUAAUUGUUCUGAUUUACCUCUUGUCAAAAUUGUAUUCCAUUAUGUGUAUUCCAUACACUUACACAUGAUCCAACAUUAAGCUUAUUUCUGGUGGGUUAUUCAGUUAUAGGAUGUUGUUCACGACUUCUCUUACCAACACAUGAUGAAUGGAAAAAAUGUAUAAUUAUCUCCCAUUCAUCUGUAUUGAAUAGUGACUAUUAUUAUGCAAAGUCACUUUAUUAUGGUUUGUAAAUUGAAUUGUUUUACUCAAUUUUAAUAAAAAUGCCCGAUAUUGAA